AUGCAUAGAAGAGUUGCACAAACAGCCGCUGCAGUGUUGCCUCACAGUGCAAGUCUGGAAUACCCAUGGGAUCCAGACUGGGCCCAGCCGGUUGUUGAAGGGCCUGUGACCAACGCUUAUGCUGACAUCGGCUUUCCAGCCAUGAACUCACCAGUCGAAAGUAUCAUUGCCAGUCCUAAUCCACAGGAGGACAACGUUUUGAAUGACGAAGACGACGACGACCUUGAGUGGGAGCUUCAAAAUAAUGGACUGUAUAUUGGCUCAUACUCUCGACUUCUCUUACUGAAUGCUUUCGUUCCAAUUUUCGCAAUAGUGAUAUUCACUGUCCUAGCACUCCUCCCAGACUUGGCUUGGCCCAUAGCAGAUUUCCCUUCUUCAUACCCAUCAUCUUUCCCCUUCCCUUUACCUGAAAUUCUCAUCUCCAGCGCAUUCUUCAGCCUCGCCCAUCUACUCCGCAUCCCACUCUUUUCACUCGCUUCCUUCCUACUCCCUUCAGAAUCCGCUUCUCUCGCAAGUACAUUCAUUCAUGUCCUCAUCACAAACGGUCUUCGUCUCGCAGCCCUCGUGGUUCUCCAAGUCAGACACACAAUGGAUUAUCCCGCCCCUACUUGCCAGGACCCUGCUUUCCGCACUGUGUGGUGGCUUUCCCUUAACUUUGCAGAGGUGCUCGCUGCUAUUGUACAAGGGUACGAGCAGCUUGCUCUUUACCGUGAUGUCAUGGUCCCAGAAGGACGAGAAACCGAAUUCCUCGAACGUCUGAAAUCAGGGUCUUUCAACGAAUCCGACCCAGCACUCGAAAAUCCCCAUUCUCCGCAACAGGAACGUGAGACGUUUGAAAACGGAUUAGAAGACGGAGAAGUUCGAAGCGUUGAAUCGCGCAUAGAUCGUGGGUUAGAGAAGUUACUUGUGAUAAAGAUGAGAGAUGAGCUGGAGGAGGUUUAUGGGGUUCCCGUCAUCAAAAUUCCAGUCUUCGUAUCCUGUCUCCAACGCUUCAACUCCAUCUUCCUCUCCAUAGGCCUCACCCUCCUCCUCAGCGCGGCAUACCUCCGCUCCCCACUCUCCCUCCCCCUCUCAGACGUAUCCGACCGACUGUCAUCCCUCACUGUAACAGUCCAACUCAAAGGUUUCCUUCACUCCUACGCGGACUCACACAUGCAAUCAUAUGACAGCUCAUACAUCCCAUUCAUCAUAACCACCCCCCUCGUUCUCCUCCUCCACGCCAGCCUCGCAGCGCUGCACACACCAGCCCUCCUACCACGUGUAGGCGUGCAUACCGCUGCCUAUGUUGGCGUGUUGGUCAGCAUCAUGACCUUUUUCGCGGGGUUGGCUGUUUGGGGGGCGUUGUCAUAG